CUUACCACAAUGAACGCAAUAUAUCUGAUAACGCUGGUCUGUGCAAGCUCCACUCUAGCAUCGCCAAUUCCGUCAGGUUCACGGUCAACAAACGGUUCUCAAUGUCUCGCUAUUAUUCUUUCUCUCGUAGCCUUUGUCUCUUUCCUCUUCGCUGCUAAACAUGUCUACCUUAUUCGUCGUGGCGCUCGCACGAUCAACAAAACCUCGUUCAACUUCUCUGCCACUACGGAUCAGUCGAGUUCCUCUUUCCUUUGUUUCCCUGAUGAAAAGGCCGCCAAGGGACCUAAACUUGGAUUCCUUGUAGGAUUCUUUGGCUCUCCGACCUGGGAGACACGUAUAAAUGUACCCAACCAUUCGUCUCGAUAUUCACUCCUCCACCGCUUUCGCUCUAGUCUGGGUCGUGGCCAAUCAAGUUCUCGCAAAUCCUCUCUGUAUGAGUUUGGCGAGCGCCGUCCCACCUGUUAUACUCGUGGAGUAGCCACUGAGUGCACAGGUCUAUCGAGUACUCUUUGUGCCAGCCAUCCGACGCCCAGCCCACAGGUACCCGCCGAUUAUUGGGAAUCUCAUUUAAGCAGAACUCGCCGCCACUCCCUACCCACUGUAUGCCAACCCGAAACGCUUAAACACAAGGAUCAACGAACCAGGCAUUCAAGUCUCAAGAAUUAUCGCCGGGAUUCCUCCUCGUCUUCUGGCCGCAGACGCUCAAUCUGCGAUGGUGCACCUUCACCACCGCCUAUUCCUUCUUCAUUAUCCGACCUCCCAUCCGUAGCUACUUCGAGCCCCGCCAAGUCAAGGGCACAUGUCAGGCGCGAUGCAGCUGCAAUCCCUCCUCUUCCACCGUUACCUCUUGUCACACAUUCUCCGCGUGUCUCCGGCCCAACAUCUACUGGAGAGGCGUCUUAUGGCACUAGUCAACAAUUACCGUUAACCCCAGCUUUAUCCAAGACACAUCAACCCACUCCGAUCGAUAAUCUCUUCAAUUCAGCUCCUCAUUCUCCAAAGUCUGCAAUUCUCCCCAGUCUUCAAUCUGUUACAAGGACCUCAUCCACGCGUUGCAGACGAAGUCCUGCACUUGGACCUUCUCCGUUGAGGCUCGUUACUCUCCCUGAGAUGUCCAUAUCUGAAUUUGGGACUCUUUCUCCGCGAACUGCGUCCCCAAGAGACCAUGGUAUCGAGGCUCUUCCUGGCGCCUCUUCUGUUGAACGUCAAUGCAGAAUUUAUCCUUCGAUAGGGCUGGGCCGCCCGUCGACUUGGGGAGAGCCAUUCAAGACCUCACUUGGGAAUUCUGACAGCUUCCCCAAGGAAGAAACCCCUAUGAUAUCUGGUCCCGCAAGCUCUGUGCCCAACGGAAAUGGCUCAAAAGUUCCUCACGAAGAGGCCGAGGAGCUUAUUCUUGAGAUAAUACGGGAUUUAGUCGAAGAAACGAGUGGAUGGGACUCAAGUCUUCACAUGGAGGACAGCUUCAGGUCUCUCAUUCAGAACACCGGAAUAACGCCCCAAAACAGCAAGGAGAAUAUGCGCAGUGCUUGGGAACUCACGAUUGCAGAAUCUGUUGUGAGUCCUGUCGAGAUCGACUUCGGUCUACUUGAGCUCGAUACAUGCGCCAAGGAGGUUCAAGGAACGGAGAGUAGAUUCCUCGAACACGGAAUCCCCUUAACAAUUCUAGAAGAAGAGGAAGAAGAAGAAGAGCCCGAUGUCAGCAGGUAA